UGCAACCUACCCUCCGUCUUGCGCACAGACGGAGCACCGCGGGACAACAAAGAGGGUCCAGGUUUCCGCUGUCUCUGAAAACACCACACAGUCCAGGCUAACAGCUUUAAAAUAGCUAAUUGAAGGAGGUAUCCUGGAAAAUAAAGCAUUGGCGAGAUUUGACAGGAUCCGGUACCGCAUUAAGAUCCUUAGAUCGGUGUAACGUCUUUUGGCGAAAGAGAUGGAGUUGGAACAUUUUGAUGAGCGGGACAAAGCGCAGCGAUACAACCGCGGGGGUUCGCGGGCGAACGGGCUGCCCAGCCCGACUCACAGCGCCCACUGCAGUCUAUACCGAACCCGCACCCUUCAAGCGCUGAGCUCGGAGAAGAAGGCGAAGAAGGUUCGCUUCUACCGCAACGGGGACCGCUACUUCAAGGGGAUUGUAUACGCCAUCUCCCCGGACAGGUUCAGGUCUUUCGAGGCGUUGCUGGCCGACCUCACCCGGACUCUGUCUGACAAUGUCAACUUGCCGCAGGGGGUGCGGAUCAUCUAUACCAUCGACGGUUCUAAGAAGAUCACCAGCAUGGAUCAGCUGGUGGAAGGGGAGAGCUACGUGUGCGGGUCCAUAGAGGCCUACAAGAAGCUGGACUACACCAAGAACGUCAACCCCAACUGGUCGGUCAACGUGAAGACCUCCGUGUCCUCCCGCGUGCCCAUGUCCCUGGCCAGCGCCAAGGCCGGGCCCUCGGAGACCAAGGAGAACAAGGACUUCAUCCGGCCCAAGCUGGUGACCAUCAUCCGCAGCGGUGUCAAGCCCCGCAAGGCCGUGCGCAUCCUGCUCAACAAGAAGACGGCCCACUCCUUCGAGCAGGUCCUCACCGACAUCACCGACGCCAUCAAGCUCGACUCCGGGGUCGUCAAGAAGCUUUACACAGUGGAUGGGAAGCAGGUGACGUGCCUUCAGGAUUUUUUUGGCGAUGAUGAUAUCUUCAUUGCCUGUGGCCCUGAGAAGUUUCGCUAUCAGGAUGACUUCCUGCUGGAUGAAAGUGAAUGCAGGGUGGUGAAGUCCACGUCUUACGGCAGGAUCUCCACCAUGCAGGGCAGGGGGUCCCCCCGCAGUGCAGGGCCGUCCCGAAGGAGCAAGUCCCCUGCGUCCACUGGUUCAGUUAAUGGGACUCCGGGCAGUCAGCUGUCGACCCCUCGGUCAGGGAAGUCCCCCAGCCCGUCCCCAACGAGUCCGGGAAGUCUCAGAAGACGUCGGGGCUCCCAGCACAGUGGGUCCUCGCUGUCUCUGGCCUCCACCAAGGUCUGCAGCUCCAUGGACGAGGGUGACGGGGUGGGGAGCGAAGCUGAGCUGAUGGAAGAGUACCCCCAGGUCCCACCCUCCAUUGCAGAGAGGUACAAAGUGGGCAGGACGAUCGGGGACGGGAACUUUGCGGUGGUGAGGGAGUGCGUGGAGAGGUCCACAGGGAGAGAGUACGCUCUGAAAAUCAUCAACAAAGGAAAAUGUAGAGGAAAGGAGCACAUGAUCCAGAACGAAGUGUCCAUACUGAGAAGAGUGAAGCACCCCAACAUCGUUCUGCUCAUUGAGGAGAUGGACACUUACAACGAGCUCUACCUGGUCAUGGAGCUGGUUAAGGGAGGUGAUCUCUUUGAUGCCAUCACCUCCACCAACAAGUACACAGAGCGUGAUGCCAGUGGUAUGCUGUACAACCUGGCCAGCGCCAUCAAGUACCUGCACAGCCUUAACAUCGUCCACCGUGACAUCAAGCCAGAGAACCUGCUGGUGUACGAACACCAGGAUGGUAGCAAGUCCCUGAAGCUUGGUGAUUUCGGCUUGGCCACCCUAGUGGACGGGCCCCUGUACACUGUGUGUGGGACCCCCACAUAUGUAGCACCAGAGAUCAUUGCUGAGACUGGGUAUGGUCUGAAGGUUGACAUCUGGGCGGCCGGCGUUAUUACUUACAUCCUCCUGUGUGGGUUUCCCCCUUUCCGCGGAAGUAGUGAUGACCAGGAGGCACUCUUUGAUCAGAUUCUAAUGGGACAGCUUGAUUUUCCCUUACCAUACUGGGACAAUGUUUCAGACACUGCUAAGGAGCUCAUAACAUCCAUGCUUCAGGUGGAGGUGGAUCAGAGAUACACAGCCCUGCAGGUCCUCGAUCACCCCUGGGUCAAUGAUGACGGCGUGUCGGAGAACGAGCACCAGCUUUCGGUGGCCGGGAAAAUCAAGAAGCACUUCAACACGGGUCCCAAAGCCAACAGCACCACGGCUGGAGUGUCCGUCAUAACAACCACCGCUCUUGAUAAGGAGAGGCAGGUUUUCAGACGAAGACGCCACCAGGAUGUGAGGCCCACGCUCCGCCCGCCGCAGAGCAGCUUCCCCGCCGCCGCCGCCCCCCUCAGCCCCACCCCCGCCGAAUUUACCUCCGAGUCCGAGGACUACUCCCCCAGCUCCGCCGAGACGGUCCGCUCGCCCAACUCACCUUUCUAG